CUGCGGCUGGUUGGCAAUUGACAUUUUGCAAUUAAUUGCCAAGUUGUCAAAAAAUGUCAGCCAACAAGGAAAAUAACCUUGUUCAGGCUUAUAUUGAAUUAAAUAAGUUUUGCCAAAACGGUGACUAUGAUAGAGCGUUAAAAGCUACUGGUAAAGUUUUGCAAAUAGCACCCAAUGAGCAGAAGGCAUUCCACUGUAAAGUGGUGUGCUUCAUCCAACUGCACAACUUUAAAGAGGCCCUUGCAGUUUUGUGCAACCCUAAAAAUGCUGCGCUUGCUGCUGAUCUCCACUUUGAGAAGGCAUACACUCAGUACCGGCUCAACUGCCCCAACGAUGCCUUGCAGACUGUUGACAAUGCACCCGAGAUGACUCCCGCUUUGAAAGAACUAAGGGCUCAAAUUUUAUAUCGCCUAGAGCAGUAUCAGGACUGCUACAACCUUUACCGUGAAGUGGUGAAGAAUACCACAGACGAGUAUGAAGAUGAGAGACAGGCCAACAUGGCUUCUGUUGUUGCCAAUCUAGCUGCAUUGAAUCCAUCUGCAGACUUACCCCAAUUUGAAGAGAGUACCUACGAGCUGUCUUACAACAUCGGCAGCACACUAGCCAUGCGCGGGAAGUACAACGAAGCAAUUCCGGUGCUCAAGAGAGCAGAACAAGCGUGCUCUGAGAGUGUGAUCGAUGAUGGAGGCACUGAGGAAGAGGCAAAAGAAGAGGCUGCCAUUAUUAGAGUCCAGCAAGCGUACUGCCUGCAGCAAAUGGGCAAGGAGAAGGAAGCGGCCGCCGUCUACCAGAACGUGCUCAAGGACAAGCCCUCUGACCAGGCCCUAGUCGCUAUUGCCAGCAACAACCUUGUCGUCAUCAACAGGGAUACGAACGUAUUCGACUCCCGCAAGCGUAUGAAGGCGGCCACACAGGACGGCUUGGAACACAAACUGAACUCGAGGCAACGACGCGCCAUCGCAUACAACCAAGCGAUAUUGGCUAUCUACUCUAACCAACCGGACUUCUGUAAGCAAUGCUGCGUGAAACUAGUCAGGGAGUUCGGCGAGGAGCGACGGGCCGCGUUAGUGGAGGCCUCGUCAUUGGCCAAGGAGGGAAAAAGACAGCAAGCUGUCACGCUGCUGCUCAAAUAUGGGGAUACGCUCACGUUUGCUGCCGUUCAAGUUUUAUUGGCACAGGGUGACCGCAAAAGUGCAGUGAAAUUGUUAGAAGAGAGCGAAUAUAAGUACCGAGCUGGCGUGAUCGGGGUACUUUGUACACUGUUGUGUGCCGACGGCGAAACGGAAAUAGCUUCCAAUUUGAUGAAGGAUGUCUACAACUAUUACAAGGAUGAUAAGCGUUUCGCGUCCCUCCGGGACGUGUGGCGCGCGGCCGCGGAAGUCCACCGCAAGGCGGGCGACGCCGCCGCGACCGCCGCCGCGCACGAGGCCCUCGCCCGCGCCGCGCCCGACGACCGCAAGAGUCUCGCCCGGCUGGUGAAGGCCCUGGCUGCUGUGGAGCCUGCCAGGGCCAAACAACUGGCCCAGAAGCUGCCUAGGCUGGAUCAGCUGGAGACUAAAAUUGACAUCGACGCACUGGAAUCGUCGAAAUGGAUGAUGGGAGCGAAGGUAGUCAAAAAGACGGUCAGCAAACAAGAACAAUCACCAGGGACUCCAGGGUCGGAAUUAGGUCAAAAGACGAAGGCCAAGCGCAAGAGGAAAACGAAACUGCCUCCCAAUGCGGAUCUGUCCAGACCCCCUGAUCCGGAGAGAUGGCUGCCGAAGUACGAGCGCUCGGCGUACCGCAAGGGGCGGCGCGGACGGCGCGAGGUCAUCAAGGGCAGCCAGGGCAUGUCCACCACCGCCACCGACCAAUAUGACAUGAGCAAACAGCAGCCGUCGAGUGCGGCGACCAAGAGUCCGCGCGUGCAGGAGAGCAAGCAGGACAGCGCGUGGCAACGCAAGCAGCAGCAGAAGAAGAAGGGCAAGGGCCGCAAGUGGUAAACGGAGCAAUAAACUUUUAUAUACAUCC